AUGUUAGAAGUCUUUAAAGCAGAACUGAAACAAAAAUGGCGCCAAUAUUUAGCAGCAUCUUUGGCAAGUUACGGCAGUCUAUGUACGGGCAUGUCGAUGGGAUGGACGUCGCCCGUGCUGCCUCAACUGCGAGGUCCAGGCUCCCCUUUGCCACACGUACCAACGCUGCAAGAAGAGUCGUGGAUAGGAUCGCUUCUCUUGCUCGGCGGACUUUUAGGACCUCUGAUAACAAUUCCUUUGUCGAGGUACGUAGGUCGUAAGUGGAUUAUAAUGGGCGCGAACAUCCCUCUCCUGCUGGGCUGGUUGUUGGCUGGCGUCGCUACAAAUGUACACACAUUGUACGUCGCGAGGCUGGCGUGGGGAUGCGCUACCGGGAUGCUGUUCGCAAUGGUCCCUAUUUACAUUGGGGAGAUCGCUGAGGACAAAAUUCGAGGCGCUUUAAGUGCCUUUUUCCUUCUCUUCAUUAAUGUGGGCUUCCUACUGGCUUACACAAUCGGUCCCUUCACUUCCUACUGGGGACUCACGGCUACAGGUGGCAUUUUAUCGCUCUUCUAUGUACCCUGUACUUGGUUCAUUCCGGAAACACCGUUUUUCUUAGUCUACAAAGGCCGCAUCGAUGACGCUUCCGAGGUUUUGCAGAAGUUACGAGGAACCAGCAAGGAUAGAGUUCAGUCAGAGUUAGAUGCACUACAGGUUAUGGUCGCGAGAGAGUACAAAGUGGAGCCUAGCAUUACGGACCUCUGGGCUACGAAGGGAAACGUUAAGGCUUUAGGUAUCUGCGUGUUUUUAGCCAUGCUGCUCCAGCUAUCUGGGAUAGACGUGCUUCUAUUUUAUAUGGAAGAGUUGCUAGUGAAAGUUGGAACUAGAAUAUCAGCUUCCGAUGGAACCAUCAUCAUGGGUGUCGUUCAGGUAGUGACCAGUUGUAUCACACCUCUGGUAGUGGACCGACUCGGCAGAAAAUUUUUAAUGUGGACGACGUCCCUUGGAUUAACUAUAUUUUUAACUAUAAUCGGAAUCUACGCGCUGCUCGACACGCACUACAAAUACGACGUGACACAUGUCGCCUUUAUCCCGCUGCUCUGCCUCGUCAUCUACAUGGUGCUGUUCACAUUAGGUGUGGGUCCAGUACCUUGGAUAUUAGUAGCGGAAAUGUUUCCUGUGAAGACGAAAUGUCUCGCCAGUGGUAUAGCCUCAUUCAUGUGUUGGUUAGCUGGAUUUGUUUGGACUAGAUUUUUCCGAGAUGUUGCAGCUUCGUACGGCAUCUACACUGCGUUCUGGAUACUAGCGAUUUGCUGCGGAUUCGGUUUCAUAUUCUCUGUCAGUCCUCUACUACCAGAGACUAAGGGCAAAACAUUUGAUGAGAUUCAGGAUAUGCUGAAUAACAGGAGCAAGGAAGUUGAGCCAGUUGCCGUUUAA